UAUCCUGUGGAGGAGGCGGCUUCCAGCAGGGUGCUGGCAGGCCGAAACCUACCCCCAUGCCAGUGCCUUCAGCGGUGGCCUGCUGACCUCCCAGGGUGGGGGCCACCGCUUGGCACACAGUGGGAGCUCUGAGAACAUGGGCUGAAACAGAACUUGGGGAACUGGCUUUUCUUGGCCAGAGCAGCCUAUCCCCCGGGCCCCCUGGAGUCAGCCAGAUCCCUGGUUCCAGCCCCUCCCCCAGCUGCCUCUGGUGAGCCAACAGGGCCCAGUCCCCUCCUCCAGGGUACCCUGCACCCUGGGGUUCCCUGGGCACCCCACAGGGCUAUGUCCUCUCUUAGACUGUUCUGACACUUAGAAAACAGAUAACAGCCCCUCCAUGUGGGCUGUAUGAGGAGAGAGGAGCAGCAGGCAGGCAGCUCAGCCCAGCCUAGGCACAGCCAGUGCCCAUGGACUCUGGCUGUAUCGGGAGCGCUGUCUUGCUCAUGGCUGCGUCCCACACCCUUGGCCCUGUGCCUGGCACAUAGCAGGCACUUGACAGUAGGAAGCCAUCCCAUGCCCGGGUUGGCCCCAGGUGUCUGUCAGGUUGGGAGUGGGCUGAGCCUUUGGCUGGGUCCUGGCUUCUGCUCAGAACACCACUGGCUUUCUCUUCUCUCCCAAUUCUCUCACCCUCUCAGCCUGGCUUGAGGACAAGCCUCUUCCCCCCCUUCAGGAUCACCUUGCCAGACACAAUAUAUGUGUUUAAGAAGCAGACACAUUUGUUGAAUAAAAGAAUGAAGCAAUGAAUGAGGCAUGAGGGCAACCAAGCUGGCUGGCACAGGUGGUGGCUCCUGGAGGCAGGCAGGGCAAGGGCAGCUGCAGGGCACUCACCCAGGCUUUGCCCUCCAUCUUCCCAAGGGCUGUCAGGGCUCCUCCAGUGGGUGUCCAAGGGUCCCUCCUUACCCUGGGCCUCUGACCACCUUGAUCCCCAGCCUACCUGCUGA